GGUGACCGCUGCUGAACGUUUGAUUAGCCCAAGGAUGGCGGAUCUCAGCUGCCAGAUUGCGGCAGGGAGGCGGCAAACGUCAUUGAUCAAUGAGGAGAUCACCAAAGUGGAGGCCGAGAUGAGCCAGCGCAUCACAGAGAUUGGCGGCAUUACAGACUUCCAGGCGCUGUCCACCGACCAGAUGGCCACAGACAAGCUUGACCUGAAUGUCAGCGGCGAGAUCUUCCGCGGCGGGCGCCGCUCCACUCUCUGCGUCAGGAAGGGAUCUGUGCUGGCCUCUCUGUUCUGCGGCCGCUUCGACGGUGCGGUCAUCCGCGAUUCGAGCAAUCGCAUCUUCCUUCCCGCAUACCCGCCUUCAUUCAGAUGGUCAGUGAAGCGACAGGCGAGUGGAAGCCUGUCUGGCUCACGUGCUAUGGCUGGUGCGUGUUGUGUGUGUGUGUGUGUCAGGUUGGUUGAGCAGCUGCGCCACUAUGAGCUGGGCGACAUCGAUGUCAUCGCUCUGCCGGCUCCGAAACAAACAGAUCUGUCGUACAAGUGAGUGAGUUGCCGACAUCAGACGAGCCCACACUACUGAAGGAUGCUUGUCCUGGUGUGUGUGUGUGUCAGGUAUUGGGUGGAUGCUCUCCUCUACGACCCAUCGGCCAGCCAAGCCAGCAAUGAGGACGCCAACACCACCGCAAGUGCGGCCAACGGCAGCAGCAGCAACUCGGCCGUGCGCCUCAGCACCGAGCUGACCGCCACACUGAAGCGCAUUGAGGAGGCCAAGACGGCCGAGCUCGCUCGACUUGAGGCCGUCAAACCCCUCCUCAAAACAGGCAACGCAGACGACGAUCAGGUUAUCAUAGAGACCGAUAGGAAGCCUUGAUGAGCAUUAUGGCGUGUCGGCUGUCUGUUCAGUUGGUGUCGAUUGAUGUGUUGGGGUCGAGUGUCACCGUCACCAACGCGGCCGCCAAGUCGGUGGGAGCCGAGGACAGCAUGUUCUACGGACGAUUCACACGGUGAGUGACACAAAAUGGCAUUGACAUCCACACACCAAUGACUGGGAUUCGUUGCUUCAGUUACGACCCUUCUACCGAUUGCGGCCUCGACUGUGUCCGUCGCAUUGCCGACAUCGCCGUGCGCGCCCACCAGGAGCGCCGCGCUACUACGUCGGCUGACGUGAUGGGUGCCAUGGGUGACGUCGUCCCGUCGCUUUUCCGUCGAGGGCUGGACGUCUUCGGCAUCGAUGCCGAUCGGCACCUCGGCCCGACUGACGGCCUUCUCACGAGCCAGCACCUGCACAACAUGAACCAGUGGGGACAGAAAUGGAAAGAUCCAUCACCUCCUACGCUGCCCACUGAUGUCGGCGAGGCCACUCAGCGCGUGUACAAGUAAGCAGCAGCAGAGGAAUCGACGGACACGGACGUAUCGGUGCCAUGAUGCCUUCCGUUUGCAGGGCGUCGGCCGAUGGCUGGACUUCCUGGACGCCGUCAAGGACCACUCACCGCUAAUCAUCCUCAUGCGGGCCAAAGACAGGUAGAGACUGGCAUGCAUGAUGCACGUGACGGGCCGAGGAGUGAGCUGUGUCGAUUGCUUCCUUCCAGUGGCGAGCUGUUUGCGAUGGUCGUUGCUGGCAAGAUCGACGUGUCAGGACCGACACAGACCAUGCCAUCUACGCCUUGCUUCAGCUACAAGCUCGAGGGCACGGCGGACUGCCCCUACAUCGGGGGUUUCCCCUACAUCGGGGGUUUCUCCUCAUCGGGGUUUUCCUUUCUGGCUGGGAUUGAGGAGAAGACAGAGACCAAGGACCUGACCAAUGCGCCGUCGCGUCUGUCCUGCCUGCUGGCCGCGGCGGGCAUGAACAUUGGCAUUCCCCAGGGCGGCGUCCCCCCCAAGGCAGCCAUGGACACACUGCUCAACCGGUGCCAGGGCUGGUCAACCGAUGCCAUGGAACCGGAGGAAUGGGCUGGCUGGCAACGACCGACUGCCUGUGAUGAUUUCUUCCGUCCCGUGUCUGGGUUGGGUUUUCACUUUGAGCUCCAUGAAAUGGAAGUUUACAGCGUUGCCUGAAUGGGCGGGCAUGAGCUGCACUUUUUGCCCUCUACACAUCUUGUGCAGCCAUGGCUUCAUGCGGAUGCUCAUAGGUGAGUGAGAGUGAGAGGGACGGAGUGGGCCGGGGAAAAGGUCCCUAUUUUUCUGCUUUAUCGAAGGCAGGAGGAGUGAGGGGCGGCGUCUGGCUGUGACAUUGUUGGCAUGUGCGUUGACGAGCGUCUAUGGUCGAGUCGAUGGCAGUAUGUUGGCUCUCGUGGGUGGAUGGUGUGGAUGGUUGUGUACAGCUCGCUGAAAGAUAAGUCAGCCCCCACACACAAGACACGAAGAGGGAAAUCAGAGGGAAUCAAUGACUGGCUCUUCGACCGGUUCUGCAAUGACAAUACAGACAUACACACAGUCCUCGUUUAUGGCCUAGUUUGUUUAUGACGGGGCCUUGUACUGAUAGAUGGCUUCGUCAGACAGACAGAGAUGGAUCGGUGGUGCGACGCAUCGCCACACCUGAACCC